GUGGUACCUCCAGACAAUGGAAUAUUAUUCAGCAUUAAAAAGAAAUUAGCUGAGCCAAGCGCUUGGUUCCCACAGGCUGCAGACCUGGUGACCCUGGGGGAAUCUCAGAGUCAGGAAAAUCUCUCCAACAUCUCUUUCUCAACUGCAGAGGUUUACAAGGUAAACUUUGUAUUUCCAAAUGGGGACAAGUAAGAUGGUGACUAUACAAGAACAUCUGGAAUCUUUGAGAGAAAUGGAAUAGGUAUUCAUACCACUCCUAAUGGGAUUAUCUACACAGAAAGCUGGAAAGAUGACAAGAUGAAUGGUUUUAGAAGACUUGAACAUUUUUCAGGGGCAGUGUACGAAGGACACUUUAAGGACAAUAUGUUUCAUGGAUUGGGGACAUACACCUUCCCAACUGGAGCAAAGUACACUGGAAAUUUCAAUGAAAAUAGGGUGGAAGGCAAAGGGCAAUAUACAGAUAUCCAGGGACUAGAAUGGUGUAACUUUCAUUUCAUAGCUGCUCCAGGCCUGAGACUAAAGUUCCAUAUGUAGCUACUCUAAAUUAAAGUUUUAAUGUUGUAAGCUUCCAGUUGUAAGGAAAACUAUUAAAUUUGUCAUUUCAAGUAACUUCAAACACUACCUCUAUUUUAUAAUUUUGCCAAUAAAACCACCACUUUUCCCUUUUGGGACUUCAUUUUCUUCAUUUUCUAAUUAGUUUAAAAUAAAUUAAGUGACCCAUUUGAGUGUUUCUUCAUUUUAAUACAACAGAACUAUCCAAAUCUUGGCAAAGUCAAUUUCCAAUCCUGUGCCUGAGCUUUGUCAUCUUUAAAAAGUAUAUCUAUGUGUUAAAGGAAACUAUCAAGAAAAUGAAAAGAUGAUCCACAAAAUGGGAGAAAAUAUUUGCAAAUCAUAUUUCUGAUAAAGGUUCCAUUUACAGGAUAUAUAGGGAACAUAUAUAUAAACUUAUAUAAAUAAAAAGACAACAAUUAAUGGACAAAGGAUUUGAAUAGAAAUUUUCAAAGAAUAUAAAUGAAUAUCUAACAAGUAAAUGAAAAGAUUCUCAACAUCAUUACUCUUUAGGUAAAUAGGAAUUAAACCCACAUUAAGAUACCAAUUCACAAUCAGUAGGAUGGCUAUAUUAAAAAAGACAGUAAGAAAGGUUGGCAAAAAUGUGGAAAAAUUGUAAACUUCAAAUAUUUCUGGUGGGAAUGUAAAAUGGUACAGCCACUGGGGAAAACAGUUUCUCAAAAAGUUAAAUGUAUAGUUACUGUAUGACCUAGCAAUUCCUAAGUAUGUACCAAGGAGAACUGACUUGAACAGGAAUGUUCAUAUCAUAGCAGCAUUAUUCAUAACAGCCCACAUUGGAAACAACCUAAACAACUGAUAAAUGGAAAAACAAAAUGUGGCAUAUCCAUACAAUGGAAUAUCAUUCAGCCAUAAAAAGGAAUGAAGUACUGAUACAUGCUACAUGAAUGAACCUUGGAAACACUGUACUAAGUGAAAGAAGCCAGUCACAAGGAGCCACAUAUUGUAUGACCUUUAUAUCAAACAUUCAAAAUAGGCAAAUCCAUUGAGAUAAUAAAUUAGUGGUUGCCAGGAGAGUGAGAAAUUGGGAGGCAUGGGGUUUCUUUUUGGGGUAAUAGAAAUAUUCUCGAGUUAGUGGUGAUUACAUCACCUUGUGAAUACUAAAAACCACUGAAUUGUUCACAUUAAAAGGGCACAUUUUAUGUAAAGUGAAUUAUAUCUCAAUUUUUGAAAGUAGAUGUGUGUUCUUACAUAUUCUAUGCCUAAAAAUUACCUUUUAGAUAAAAUAAUUAAAAAAUCACCAGGACAGUACAUGACAGUUGCAUGUUAAAAAUUACAAUAUAGACCUAAGUAUUUUUGCUGAAACUAUAUUUCCCAAGUUGACAAAAAUGGUUUAAGCAAUAGAAAACUUCUGUGUCGUACUUCUUCAUUCAAAAUCUUGUGAAAAACUGUAUUUCUAAUAUAGUCAUUGUCAGAAAUUAUUUUUAUUUUUUGUUUACUGAUACAAAUCUGUGUUGAAAUGUCUUAAAAUAUUGAAAUAAAAUGGCAUUUUUGUUGGUUUCUCAUAUAAAAAAAGAAAUUAGCUAUCAAACCAUAAAAAGACAUGGAUAAAAAAAAGAAAAUAAACAAAAUGAAAAAACAAAAGAGAGAAAAAAAGACAUGGAUGAACAUCAAAUGCACACUACUAAAUGAAAGAAGCCAAUCUGAAAAGGCUACAUAUUGUAAUUCAAACUAUAUGACAUUCUGGAAAAGAGAAAACUUUGGAGAGUGGUUGCCAGGGACUGAGGGGAAUGAACAGGCUAGCCAUAGAGGAUUUUUAGGGCAGUAAACCAUUCUGUGCACUAUUGUAAUAGUGAAUACAUAUCAUUGUACAUGUGUCAGAACUCAUAGAAUGUACACCAGGAGUGAACCCUAAUGUAAAUUAUGGACUUUGGGUAAUGAUCAUGUGUCAGUGUAGGUUCCUUGAUCGUAACAAAUGUAACACUCUGGUGUGGCAUGUUGAUCAUCAGGGAGGCUGUGCAUGUGUAGGGGCAGGGAGUAUACAGGAAUUUUCUGUAUUUUCAGCUCAAUUUUGCUGUGAACCUAAUACUUCUCUUAAAAAUAAACUAUUUUUGAGAAGAAGAAAUGAGCUAUCAAGCUAUGGAAAGACACAGGAGACCUCAAAUGCAUAUAAUUAAGUGAAAUAAGCCAGUCUUGAAGGUUCCAUAUUGCAUGAAUCCAACUAUAUGACAUUCUGAAAAAGGCAAAACUAUGAAGACAAUAAAAAAUUCAGUGGCUGUCAGGGGUUGGGGUGGGAGUCGGGGAUGAACAGGUGGAAAACAGGAUUUUUAGGGCAAUGAAACUAUUCUGUAUGAUACAAUAAUGGCAGAUAUAUUUGUUAAAACCCAUAGAAUGUACAACACCAAGAGUGAACCCUAAUGUGAACUAUGGACUUUGCUUGAUAAUAAUGUCAAUGUAGGUUCCUUGAUUGUAACAAAUGUGCCAUUCUGGUGGUGUGGGAUGUUGUGAUAGUGCGGGAGGCUGUGCCUUGUUGGGUAUAUGGGAACUCUCUGUCCUUGUACUUUUUCUACUCUAUUUUGCCUUGAACCUAAAACUGCCCUAAAAAACAAUCUAUUAAAAAUGAACUACUUAAACAAAAAUAACAACAAUGUAUUGUGGGGUAAAAUAAAAUGUGUAAUGGCAUAAAGUCCAGGAAGAGAGAAAUGGAAGUAUAUUAACAUAGGGUUUUUAUACUCUUCGUGAAGUGGCAUAAUAACACUUGAAGGUAGACUCUGUUAAGUUAGGGAUGUACAUUAUAAACCUUUGAGCAACCACCAAAAUAAAAAAACAAAGAGGUAUAGCUAAUAAGCUAACAAAGGAGAUAAGAUGGAAUAAAAAUCAUAUUAAUUCAAAAGACAGAAAAAGAGGGAAAAGAUAACAGAGGAGAUGGGACAAAGAGAAAACAAAUAGCAAGCUGACAGACUCAAAUCUAACCAUAUCAACAAUCACGUUAAAUGUACCACAACGAGAUAUCACCUUGCACCAGUUAGAAUGGCCGCUAUCCAAAAGACAAGAAAUAACAGGUGUGGGAGAGGAUGUGGAGAAAUAGGAACCUUCCUACACUGUUGGUGGGAAUGUACAUUGGUGCAGUAGCUUGCCAAUGGGUUUCAGCCCGGGAAAGUUUGCUAUGGAUUCAGUGUGACCAAAGAAAUUGACUGCAAAACACUCUUUGGGGUGAAAGGGUUUAUUACCCGGCUUGUUCUCCGGUGGUAGGUUGAGCACUAGUGUCUCUGCCUCUGCCCAGAGCAAUGGGCCGAGCCCUUUAUAUAGCUCAUUGCCUAAAGGUGUGGAAGUGGCAGCCAAGCAACAGGCCAGUUACAUCAUCAGGUGGUUUAAGUUCAGUGAGGAUCCUGGCCAUAGGAACCCCAACUUCCCCACACUCCACACCUCCAGAUUCUCGCCUUACAAUCUACACACUUCCAAUCUUCCGCAAUGGUCCCUGUGCAAGAAAGCUGGAGCACUGUAACCAUAUUCCACAAUAGCAACAGAGGAUAACAACAACUUAAGAGAUAAUAAAAGUUAAGAUACAGCAAGAUUGUGAUACAAAAAUUAUAAUAAUCCUCAAGCCAGAGGAGGUUCCAGUCCACAAAGACUUUAGGGGCAAUAAGAAACAUGUUUUAAUGUCACCAACAUACAUAGGUAAAUCUUGUCCAUCAGGUAGGAUGCAUGAAAGAGAGUGGUCCUGUAAUAGGACUGUAGCAGGAAGGGGGUCCCUUCCAGGUCUAGUAUACCAGACUUUUAGCCUUUCCCCACGGGGGUUACUGAAGGGUCUAUAUAUAGUGCUACUGAAGGUGCAUGCACUGGCCAUAAUGAUAAAACAAAACUUCCUGGUAAGAUGCUCCUACCUUCUGGCCGUUCAGGAUAUACUACUGUGACCUUUGGCAGCCACUCUGCUGUUACUCCAGGAAUACACAAGAGGCCAGCUUCCAGGCCUUGUCCCCAAGGUGCCAGGAGUGCCAGCCAUUGUUGUUUCAUGUGUUGAAAGGUCGAAGGCUACGUCCACUCAAUGGAGUCUCCGGAGUUCAGCACAGUUGGUGCUGGCAGCAAGAGGUUAUUCUGGUAGCCAAACAUCGGCUUCAAUGAUUCUUCCUUGUUUUGUACUUGCAGUUGUAUAGGGGAGGCAGCCAUAUGUGUUAACAUGUCUAUGGGGCUCAGAGCUCCCUUUCGGGGUCUCUCAUUCAAACACCAUAGCACGGUCCAUAAGCGGACUGACCAUCCUCACAGACUAUUGGUAUCUGACUUUAGUCCGGAUUUUAACAAGCCAUUGUGCCUCUCUAUCAUGCCUGCUGCAGUAGGAUUAUAUGGCACAUGAAACUUCCACUUGAUUCCCAGCUGUCGUACCCAUUCUUGCAGUGUAUGUCCAGUAAAAUGGGUGCCCUAAUCACUCUCAAUCACCUGUGGUCGGCCAUAGGCAGCAAAGUGAUGCUCCAGGCGUCUUUUGGUCGCCUGCUGGUCUGCACAACAGGUAGGAAAA